AUGCCCGCCUUCCCUGGUCUCUACGUCGACUGCACCUCGGUGAGCGACCGCUGGCCUGCGCCGCAAGGCAGCGUCUUUGUCUCGCCCUUCUGCGCGUUUGUAGCCCAGUGGGCACACAAGGUUGAGCGCUUCGACGAGACGUUUCGCUUGACAUUCACCGACGCGCAAGGGACAGAGUUUUCUCGGCUGCUCCUGCUGUGCACAAAGGUCAAGGCAGUCAUUCUCUAUAACGACAACGGCACAGACCUUCGGACGAUCUUGAAGACGCCCUCCCGCAUCUCGGAGCUCCAUCUCAUCGACUUUGACGACAUCAAUUCAGGGACGCGAGACGACUGGGCUGUGCCCGUCAUGCAGUGGCUGGCACUCGAUCGCGCCUUUCGUCUCGGCUUGUCGGGCUGCAAAUCGCACUGCGAUGCGGAUGUCGCACGCGCCAUUGCGUCCGCACCAGCAGUCUCGACCCUCCACUUGAACGACUGCGACGUUAUUUAUGCUGGCCUGGCGGCGAACGCGCUGCCGUUGUGCCACGUCACAGAGCUCGUUGUGGAUGCGACGUUGGAGCGCCUUGCACCCUUGCUUGAUAUCUCGAAGCUCACAACACUCGAGCUCUGCGGCGACGGCAACGAGCUGCUCGCGUGCUCGCUUGGUGCACUGCAGACCUGCUCCGCACUGGAACAUCUCUCGCUUGAUUAUGUGGCGGUAUACGGACCUGCGCUCCACACAUGGGAAAUCGACGCCAAACAUCGCUCCGUGAGCGUUGUCAGUUCGGACUUGGAUGCCUCCAUUUUCGAAACUACGCUCGACUGGAUCGCAAGAGACUUGGACGAUUUUGGCAGCGCUCUCCAGCGCUUGGUACAGAACGGAGUUCAAUCGGUCACGUACGAGCACAACGAAGCAGCACUGCAGGACGUGAACGCGAAAACGCUGGCCGACGCGCUGCGUUCCCUCCACGCUCCGACCCGUUGUACAUUGGACCUUUGCUGGACGUACGCAAGCGUGGAAGGCUAUCGGAUGCUGCUGGACGCACUACCCACCUGCAUGAACUUGACGCUCGUCCUGUGUUUGGAGCGACCAAACUGGCUCGCCGAGCACAUACAAACCACUGGAGGCCAUGUGACGAUGGACGUGCGUGGGGACCGGUACGAGCUGCACAGUCGACGUCGGACCUCGUGGCUGAGCGAGGGUCCAAGCGAGUAG